AUGUACACCAAAGCAAUCUUUCCCACGAUAUUCCUGGCAGGCCAGGCUCUCAGGGCGCUAGCUCUCCCUGCCACUACAGUCACCAUUCACAGUGUAAUCACCAGGACGACAAUCGUACCUGUCAUAACUGAGGCUGCUGGUUCUAAUCCUUCAAAUGUUGCUACCCCAGCUCUUUUCACACCUGGAGGCAACAACACCUCUCCUACUACACUUUCUAGUUUCAGCGAUGCUUCGCCUUCCAGUGCGACUCAGCUCACCAUCACCGUAACCAAGAUCGAGGCCAGGCCUUUCCCGGUGUUCAUUACUGUGACUAGUUACUAUUGUCCCACCCCUACUUCUGAGGUUGUGCCCAGUUCAUCUAUUGAUUUCCCAAGAAUCACUUUCGUCGCUCCCUCAAGCACAUCUACUCCAGCACCCUCGACCUCGAACUGCUCACAGAAAUCUCUCAAAAUGGGCAACGGACAACUCUACGUUUCUUCAUGCGUCCUCCAGGGCAAGGGCCAGCUGUACGUCUCUUCGUGCACUCUCCAAGGCAACGGUCAACUCUACGAGUCCUCAUGCACUCUCCAGGGCAAGGGACAGCUCUAUGAGUCGUCUUGCUCCCUGCAGGGUAAGGGCCAGUUGUACGAGUCUAGCUGCACCCUCCAAGGAAAUGGUCAGCUCUACAUUUCUAGCUGCACUUUGAGCCGCAACUAA